AUGGCAUACUAUCAAGAGCCCUUUUUCCUUGACCAGGGGUCACAGCAAUUUCAGGAUGAAACAUAUUUUACCAACUUCCAGUCUGACGGGGACGACCACGACUUGGUCGCAAAGGACCUCAACACAUGGCCUCUGCCCCUAGAGACUCAACAGAUGCAACCGAGCAGAAGCUACGCUAUGCAGUCGUAUCUGAAUGCUCCCUAUCUCAGCCCAUGUCUGGAACCAUUUGAGCCUGCUGGGCCCGCGGUGCAGACAGUCGGGCCAGCUCAACUGCAGCUGGAUAACUCUGAGUUCACCAUGGACUACCAAUCCCCCGAAGCAGACUUCUGUGGCCUCGGUGCCAAGGAUGAUGGCAGUGACGUCUCACCCUUGUCGUCGCCCAGCCUGGCAGACAUCGAGACAUACAGUCCCAAGAAGUGCCUUUCCCGCAAUCGCACCACCCCGCGUGCUUCGGGAUCGUCCCAACCAAAGAAGGGAAGACCCCGCAAGAAGCGCAACCAGUCUAACUCGUCAAGCGAGGAUGAAUCAGCCAUUCUCAAAGCAAAGUUCGCCCAUUCCGUGAUUGAGAGGCGUUAUCGUGACAAUCUCAAUGGCAAAAUGAUGCAGCUCCAUCGCGUGCUUCUGGCCGCUGAGACCAGUCCAACUUCGCCCGCCUCUCAAUUCAAUACCUCACCCACAAGUCCAACGCUCUCAGGCAGGGUCCGCAAGUCCGACAUCAUGUCUAGGGCGAUCAACUACAUCCACCAGUCGGAAGUUGAGAUUCGGCACCUGGAUGAUGAGAUCAAGCGCCUGCAGGACCAAGUCGGUAUCUUCCAAAAGCUCGUCAACUACGACGACUGCUCCUCGCUUCUCAAGGAUAUGGUGCAACUCGACGUCCAAAAGCAAUGA